ACCCCUAUUCUUCUUCUUCUUCGACUGAGGCGACAUACAUAGGGUUUUACUCCCCCGAUCGUCGAGUGGUGGGCUACGACAGUCAGUAACACUAGAGAUUAGAAUGGCCUUUUUUAGCAAACUUGGGAAUAUACUCAAGCAGGCUUCAAGCAAGCAGAUAGCUGCUCAAUUUUCUGCAUCGAGGCCCUCCAUCUUUCAAGCCAUACGAUGCAUGUCAUCUUCGAAAGUAUUUGUGGGAGGUAUUUCGUACAACACAGAUGAAAAUUCAUUGAGAGAGGCUUUUAGUAAGUAUGGAAGUGUCAUUGAAGCAAAAGUCAUUAUGGAUCGCGAGUCUGGCAGAUCUAGGGGAUUUGCAUUUGUUACAUAUACUUCCAGUGAGGAGGCAUCGAGUGCUAUCCAAGCAUUGGAUGGGCAGGAUCUUCAUGGUCGCAGGAUAAGGGUAAAUUAUGCAGCGGACAGGAAUCGUGGCUUUGGAGGCGGUGACGGUGGCUAUGGAGGUGGCGGCGGUGGCUAUGGAGGUGGUGGCUAUGGUGGCGGCGGUGGUGGUUAUGGUGGUGGAGGCUACAACAGUGGUGGAGGCUAUGGAGGAGGCGGAUAUGGAGGCAGUGCUGGAGGCUACGGCGGCGGUCAAAGUGGUGGUUACGGUGGUGGUAACCCAAACUCAGGCUUUGGGGGAAACCCUAGUGGAGGCUUCGGAGGCUCUCCAGCUGCAAGCACUUAUGGCAGUGGCGGCAGUGGAGCAUUUGGGGGUGGUGCUGACGAUUUUGGUGUAGCCAGUGGGAAUGUGUACAACAGUGGUCCUGCUGGAGGGGCAUAUGGUGGUAGUGAUGCUUCAAACAACUUUGGCGUUGCUGGUGGUGUCAGUGGCAGCGAUGAUUUUGGUAGCAGUGCUGGAUUUGGAGGAAGUGCUGAACAAUUUGGCGCUACCACAGAAAGAAGUGAGGCUGAUGGUGGUUUUGAGUUUGAGGCAGCGGGUGAAAAUGAGCGUGCGGAUGAGGAUGCUGACGACUUCGCUAAGAGGGCUUGAUAUCUGCUCGAUUGUUAUCUUACCGCUGCUCAGUACAACUUUUCUUGCUCUCGGUCGUUUUAGUUUCUGCCUGCCUCCCCUUUUUGUUUUCCGUUGAAUGUUAUAGUUAUUGCCUGAACUUUGAACCUGUUGCUGCAAGUGGGGGAAGUACUGGAGUGUCGUUAAUUUUUUUUGGAGAGGAAGUAGUUCGUCUGUUGGAAUAAUUUUUAAUAAUUAACAAGUUGACGAUCCUCUCUCUUUCUGUCAAUUCAUUAUCUUCUUUCGUCGUCGCUGCUUCCGUUAGCCGCAACUCUGGUUCCCUUACCCUUAUGGCGAGCUUGACGUCUGUUCUGAGACCCAUCCACCUAAUCCUCCCAACGCAACCCUUGAAAGUUGAGUAGUUUGGGAUAGCAGAGCUGCAAUGUGCGGAUGGUUUGGUGUGCUGCAAUUUUCGGAAGCAGUGGUGUGCUGCAAUUUUGGAAAGCUUGUAUUCCGAUUUGUCCAGUUGCUGUUUUGGCUCUAGUCCGUGGACUUCGUUCCCAUAAUUGCAAGUGUAAUUUUGUGUUUUUUCUACUAAUAAAAUGGUCAUCACCCU